AGUUGAUGACUUAUUUCCGCUUCCGAUUUUCAUGUCCACAAUUACCUCGCUGGUUACAGGAAUUUUACUAAUACGCUUUAUUUUAAUUAGUGAUUUCUUGCAGCUUGAGAAUGAAUGGUCCCAUGUAAUCGCAAUAAAGGGUAUCGUGAUAAUUUACAGAUUUCUAAACCAGAAUUUAGGAAUGCAAGGUCUGCAGAUCUUUCUUGUGAGUGGUUACUGAGUUCAACAGCAGGUUUACGAUGUCUGAAGCAGAUGUUCUCACUGAAAUUCCUGUCUCACUGAAGCGUCUUGCUGAAUAUGUAGUGCGUGGGUUUUAUGGAAUAGAGCAUGCCUUAGCAUUGGAUAUCCUUAUCAGGAAUCCUUGUGUCAAGGAAGAUGAUAUGCUGGAGUUACUGAAAUUUGACCGUAAACAGCUUAGAUCUGUUCUCAACACAUUGAAAACGGACAAGUUCAUAAAGUGCAAAAUGAGGGUAGAGACAGCACCAGAUGGCAAGACAACCAGGCACAAUUAUUAUUUUAUAAAUUAUCGUCUGCUGGUCAAUGUGGUGAAAUAUAAACUUGAUCACAUGAGAAGGCGAAUUGAAACUGAUGAGAGAGACUCCACAAACCGGGCUUCAUUUAAAUGCCCGGAGUGUAGCAGUACUUUCACUGACUUGGAAGCAAAUCAGUUAUUUGAUCCUAUGACUGGAACAUUUCGAUGUACUUUCUGUCAAACAGAAGUAGAAGAGGAUGAGUCUGCUAUGCCAAAGAAAGAUGCACGGACCUUAGUAGCAAGGUUUAAUGAGCAGAUCGAACCAAUAUAUGCACUUCUGCGAGAAACUGAAGACAUUAAUUUACCAUAUGAAAUUCUUGAGCCAGAGCCUGCAGAGAUACCAGCACUGAAACAAAGCAAAGAACGAGCAGCAGCAGCUGCAGCAGCGGCGGCGGCGGCAGCAGCCGCUCAUGCAGGAGGUGCCAUAGCAGGAGGAGGACUUCAGAGAGACGGAUGGUGGUCUAAGGGUCCAACAUAUGAAAAUUUGUACCAGUCAAGUGUCACUAUCAACAUAGAAGAGCAGGAAGAUGAGCGGGUGGCAAUAACAGAUGGCAAACCAGCCAAAAAGCAGCCUAUCUGGAUGACAGAAAGUACCGUCAAAGGAGCAUUCAAUGAAACGGACGAGAUAAGGGAGAGGCAAGAGAAGGAGCUACUUCGGGAGCAUGACCAGAAUAGAAUUACACCAGAUGACAAUGAAGAAGUCAUGCGGGCCCUGCUAAUACAUGAAAAGAAAAGUACCUCUACCCCUGCUGUGGGUAUGCCUAGUGCAUCUGUGUCUGCAGCUAGUGACUCUGACAGUGAGACAAGUGAAUCAGAUGAGGAGUCCUCUCCUCAUCACCCCACAGUGCCAACUGUCUAUGGAAUGGAGGGAGAUGAAGAAGAGGAAGAGUUUGAUACUGUAGCAGAAGAUCCAACUGUGAUGGUAGCAGGCUGUCCAUAUUUAUACAGUGUAGUGAGUGAGCGACCUGAGCUGGUAGCUCAGAUGACGCCAGAGGAGAAGGAAAUUUACAUUGAAAUGGGACAGAGAAUGUUCCAGGACAUGUUUGAGUAAAUGUUAAGCUAUCACUUAAAGUAUCUUGUUUUACUUUAUUAUAUUUUUAUCUAAGAUGAAUCUUUUUAACGUCUCACAUGUACCUUUGCAGUUUUUGGUGUUUUUUCAAAAACCUGCUAGAAAAGCGCCAUACAACAUGUUUUUAAAAUCUCACCAGUUUACUUCUGAGAAAGCUGAUAUCUCCAUUGUAACUUAAGCUCAGACUGACCAUUUAACUUUCAGUUCUUGUGUUAGUUAUUUUUAUUUGAAGUUGUCAGCAUUAACAGGUGCUAAUUUCAAAACCAGCCCUCAAAGAAGUCAGUAAAAUAUGUGGGCAUACAGUUCAUUUUUAAAUGUCACAAAAUUUGUGUUCUAGCUUAUGUUUAUAUCAAAAGCUGCAGACUUUGUGACUUGUUACCCAGUAAAUACAUUUGCAAAUUAAAAUAACAAUUGAUUAAAAGACAGCUUGUAAUUUGGGGACACAACAUGUAGGUCAGUAAAGCUGAGUGACAUCAUAGUGCAAAACCAGUCUUAACUGUUUUGAAGGUUGUGCUUUGCUGUCAUUUUUUAGAGAUGUUGCCCCUCUUCACCUGUAGGUAGGUACACUUAAUUCAUUCCCCAUAUCUGAAUUAUUUUUUCAUGUAUUUGGAAAUAGGUUCCUGAAAUCUUUCAGGUUGCAUUUGUGGUAGUAAACAACAGCAAAUUUAAAACUUUUACAGCAGAUUACCUGUUUUUGAACUAUGUAUAAUGCAUUGCAUUUAUUGUAUUGCUGUGUUGUUUAAAGUUAUUCUUCUGUGAAGCAGAACAUGUAAUGGGUGCACACAUUUUAUUUUAGUUUUGUGUAUUUUUUUAUCAGAUGUCAUAAGCACACCUGUUUGCAUCAGUAAGACACUAAUGUAUACAUACCAUAUACAGUAACAUAUACAUAGCAUAUAUUGACAAAGUUUUGUGAAUUAUUUGCUUCUCCGCUGUCAACAGGAUGUCUACAUUGUAGGCAGGAACAGAAGGUUAACUGCAUGCACUCAAGAGGUAAAUAUAAUACCCUACUCAUACUGAUGAGUUGAGUCCAGAUAUUAAGCUUCUGUGUUUAUAGUAAAUUUAUUUGAUGGCUUCAGCUAAGGGGUUUGCAUAGGUUUUUAAAUUUCUGCCUCCCUGUCAUUUGACAGUUUUUGCUUACAUCGUUCCAAGAACUGUUUUGCACAGAGGUGUGCUGUGAACAGUUAGAGAUGGGGCCACUGUUUUAAUUUCUUUGAGGUUAUAACAGGUAAAUGUUUUACAAGGAGUCAGCUGUUGUAAAAUUCUUCGGAAAGUGCUUAGAAUUAUCCUACAGUCGUUUUUACCUGUUUUCAUUUUUAUUGUCAGUAUUAAAAAAUGCAUUGAUUUGCUGUAUUUUAAUACAGAAUUAAUUACAUAUUUGACUUUCAGACAUUUUUUUAGAAUUGCAGGUUGUGUUUUUAAUGAUUUUCCAUAGUAACAUGUAAGAGGUAUACUGAUGUUUUAAGACUAAUAAAGUUUUUGACUAAAGAGUAAUCAUA